CAGAAGUAACAAUACAUGCAGGACAAAGUUAGACAGUCCCCUGGGCGAACCUGACUUGAAUCAAUGGAUAUGUGGAGAUCGAUCUACCAGAUCAAGAUCGGAUAUGACGUCAGCCCUUCGUUCCUUGCUUGUUUACACCGGGCGCGUUGCUUCUCAGCUGAGCUCACCGCACCUUCUCCUUCUUUAUUAUUGAUCCAAACAACCCUGCUGGAUUAUAACAAAACAUCCAACCAUAACCUCUACAACCAGGACACCAAUCCACAACCAACCAAACUACAAACACGAUCGAUCUAAAACACCAUGAAAUUCUCCGCCCUCCUCACGAUAACAACCCUCCUCGCAACCACAACCGCGAAAGAAAAAAUCAGCCUCCAAUGGGCCAUCUGCAACCCCAACCCCCAAGACGUCCUCCCCCAACUGGGUCUCUCGGCAAAUACACCCCCCUACAAGGAAAACCCCAUCACCUACUACGACGCGCAACCCCCGCGCCACAUCGCCCACGGCUUGAUGUUCCGCACGAAGACGAAUAAGGGUCAUCCCCUGUCGACUGUCAAGGCGCCGCUUCCGGGAGAUGUCGAGGCGCCGGGUUUUGUGGAAUGUGCGUGGGCGAGCUAUGGGGAGAAUCCGGCGACGUAUACGUGUGAGAAGCGGUGUCCGCGGGAUGGCGACGGGGAUGAGGAUGAGGAGGAUUACGAGGCAGAGGGUGGCCUGUGGUGUCCGGAGCAGAUGGAGUUUGUGAAGAGUGUGGCGCCCGACCCUGUGGAGUGGUCCGCGCUGGCGCCGUAUGGCCCCUUUGCGAAUGCCAAGUGGAAGGUCAAGGUGGACGGGGUGAAAGCCAAGUUCGACGACGUCGUUGUUCCUGAGCACGGGCUGCACUUGAUGGAGAUCGAGACCAAGGUGAAAGCCUCCAAGGCGGAGAAGGCGCGCGUUGCCAUAACGGAGUAUCUGGUGAAACAGGGAGUCGAGCUGUGUGAGCUGCAAGAGGGCAAGACGAAGAGGCUGUUUCGCGCCAUGGGGUAUACAGAUACGGAGGAGGAAGACAAAGUCGAGCUGUAAUGGGUAUUGAUAUCAUUCGGUAUUGAUAUCAUUCAUUGAUUAGCGUAACACAUUGCUAACAUAAUCGCUCAACUCCAUAAAUCAAGACACUGAACUCAUAAUAAUCCCCGCCCGCCGAUAACUACAACAUAUAC